AUGGCAGCCCACAUCAGCACCGCUGGCCACCAGAACGCCCUGUACGACGCCACCACCACCAACGAGAAGACUCACUCAAUAAAGGAUCUCCCGAAAUCGAACAACUUCACUACGAACCUCCCGCCGGACCCGAACUUUCCCACUCCUUCGAGUUCGCAUGUCGCUGAACGCAAGGAUCUCGGCCCUCGCCUGGUCAAAGGCGCCCUCUACACAUACGUCCGACCCGAUCCACCCAAAGAAUAUGAAGUCCUCGCCGUCUCGUCCGCUGCACUCCAGACACUCUCUAUAGACCCAUCUUCCACAGAGUCCCAGGAUUUCAAAGACACAGUUUCCGGCAAUAAGAUCCUGACAUGGGACGAGGCCAAGGCUUCAGAGUCGAACAUGCUACCAGAGGACCAGCAGAGACAAGAGCAGAUUUACCCAUGGGCACAAUGUUACGGUGGUUACCAAUUCGGCCAGUGGGCCGGCCAACUAGGUGACGGUCGUGCCAUCUCGCUGUUCGAGGCUACAAACCCGAACUCGGACGUGCGUUAUGAGCUUCAGCUCAAGGGUGCAGGCAAGACACCAUAUAGUCGAUUCGCCGAUGGCAAGGCUGUGCUCCGAAGCAGUAUCAGAGAGUUUGUCGUCAGCGAGAGUCUGCACGCUCUGGGAAUUCCUACAACUCGUGCAUUGGCUUUGACGUUCACCCCUGAAGAUAAGGCACUAAGAGAGCGCAUCGAGCCUGGCGCCAUUGUCACUCGUUUCGCACAAAGUUGGCUACGUUUCGGUACCUUUGACCUUCUACGCUCUCGCGGCGACAGAGCUUUGAUCAGGAGACUUUCGACUUAUGUCGCCGAGGACGUUUUUGGCGGAUGGAAGAACUUGCCAGGCGCUUUGAAGCCCGGUGAAAUGUCUGAGACUGCUAUCGAGCCCGAACGUGGUCUUGCAGCCACAAUCGUACAAGGCGAGAACGAACACGAAGAGAACCGCUUCACACGCCUCUACCGCGAGAUUGCCCGCCGCAACGCAAAGACCGUUGCACACUGGCAAGCCUACGCCUUCACCAAUGGUGUCUUGAACACAGACAACACAUCCAUCUUUGGCUUGUCGGUCGACUUUGGUCCUUUCGCAUUCCUCGACAACUUCGACCCAAGCUACACACCCAACCAUGACGACCACAUGCUACGUUACAGCUACCGCAACCAGCCUAGCAUCAUCUGGUGGAACCUGGUACGUCUAGGUGAGGCAUUGGGUGAGCUCAUCGGUGCCGGAGCCCGCUGCGACGACAACGAAUUUGUGACAGAAGGCGUCAGCAAGACUUGGUCCGACGAGCUGAUCAAACGCGCCGAGACCUUGAUCGAAAAGACAGGCGAAGAGUUCCGCGCAGUCUUCAUGGCAGAAUACAAGCGUCUCAUGUCUGCACGUCUCGGCCUCAAGCAGUGCAAAGACUCCGACUUUGACGUCCUCUUCUCCGAACUUCUGGACACACUCGAGGCAUUGGAGCUGGACUUCAACCACACCUUCCGCAAGCUCAGCAACAUGAACCUCUCAGAGAUCGAGACCGAAGAGCAAAGGAAGGAUGUCGCAAGCCGCUUCUUCCACGGCGAGGGACUCGGUAACACUGUGGGCACAAGCGAGGCAGAUGCCAGGACUAGAAUCGCAAAGUGGCUCGAGCAAUGGCGAGCCCGCGUCAUCGAGGACUGGAGCGCGGGCAAGGAUGCUGAGCGCCAGGAGGCCAUGAAGAAGGUCAACCCUAAGUUCAUCCCCAGAUCAUGGAUUCUGGAUGAAUUGAUCGAAAGAGUGGAGAAGAAGGGUGAGCGUGAGAUUCUCCAGGGUGUUAUGAAGAUGGCACUUAACCCCUUCGAGGAGGAGUGGGGAUGGAACAAGGAAGAGGAAGAGAGAUUCUGCGGCGAUGUGCCUCACGUAAAGCGUGCCAUGCAGUGCAGUUGCAGCUCUUGA